AUGGGGGAACAAUACGAAACACGAGACCCUUGGCUCAUCCAUCUAUUACUCAAGAAACUUGACGAUAGCCUGCGAUCCCAGUGGGCUCAGCACAUUGUAGACAAUGAUUAUCCGACGUUCAACGAAUUGUUGCGGUUCCUCAAGCGAAAAUGUGAUGCAUUGGAGACUUGCGCUGCUUUUGGUACAAAGAGUAUUGAUUACAUGAAGCGUGAUAUAUGGAAAGACGAGCGGGUAAGUCAGAUUCCAAAGAAGGAAGUUCGAAGCUUAACAGUGGUUCAAAAUGUUCCAUGCCCGAUGUGUACUGAGGAUCACACAAUUUAUCAGUGCAAUAACUUCAAGGAAGCAAGUGUUCAAGAACGACGAGAUUUAGUUCAAAAGGCAAAAUUGUGCUUCAAUUGUUUAAGAUCGAAUCAUUUUGCAAAAACGUGUCAAUCAAAGUCAGUGUGUCGAAAUCCGGACUGUAAACAAAGGCACCACACACUACUGUGUCAAAUGGAAUCGAACGCAACAUCCAAUCAAAGUGAAAAGUCCCUGAUGGAAAUAAAAACAGAAGAUAAUAAUAUUCAGCAAAUGCACUCAUACUCGACCAGUCUUAAAACCAAUAGUCCAAAGUAUGUUGUAGGAACAUUACCCACAGCUAUUGUACGAAUUAAAGGAAAGGAUAAAUACUACGAGAUGCGCGCCAUGAUCGAUUGCGGUUCGCAAGCUUCGUUAAUUACAGAAAGUUGUGUUACACGUCUUGGAUUACAUCGAGCCAAUGGCAACAUUUUAAUCACUGGCGUUACUAACUGUGCAUCGGAAACCACAAGAGGUGUGGUGAACUUAGAAAUCUCUUCGCGUUUCAACUUCAACCCUAUUAUCAACACAAGAGCUUACGUAUUGAACAAGCUCACUCGUAAUUUACCACAGCAGAAAAUCGAUACUACCAGUUUGAAGUGCUUGGAAUCAUUGCCGUUAGCUGAUCCUGGAUAUGAUACACCAAGUAAGAUCGAUCUUAUUCUUGGCGUUGAUGUGUUUCUUUCAAUUCUAGACGAAGGAAAGGUUAAAGAUGAUUUCGGAAUGCCAGUGGCGGUAAACUCACUGUUCGGCUGGUUGGUUGCCGGUCAAAUCGGUAAUUCGUUUACUAUUCAAUGCAGUACUGCUGUCAUGAAUCUUUACACCGACAUCGAUGUUGACCGCACUUUACGUCAGUUUUGGGAGAUCGAAGAAAUCGUGAAACCUAAGCAUCUCACUGUGGAAGAAAAAAAGGCUGUCGAAAUAUUUCAAUCAACACAUCAACGUGAUGAUGCAGGAAGGUUUACAGUUCGCUUACCAAUGAAUGAUUCUUCAUUAACGCUUGGAGAGUCAUUGCCAGCGGCAAUUCAACGCUUGAAGGCAAUGGAGAGAAGGUUUAGUUCGGAUCCAAACUUCAAAAACCUAUAUAGUGAAUUUAUGACCGAAUACCUGAGGCUCGGUCAUAUGGAACGUGUACCGACAGAUGAAAUCAAUAUCGCGCCAGACAAACGAUACUAUCUCCCCCAUCAUGCCGUUUUAAAGGAGGAUAGCUCCACAUCUAAACUACGCGUUGUUUUCGACGGCUCAUGUAGGACCUCAACGGGUGUUUCCCUAAAUGAGAAGCUGCUGGUCGGACCUAACGUAAACGAAGAACUUUUUGUCGUACUCACUCGGUUUCGGAGUUAUGCCGUCGCAUUCACCGCAGAUGCAGAAAAAAUGUAUCGUCAAGUGAACGUACAUAAAGACGAUACUGAUUUCCAGCGAAUCGUAUGGAGAUUCGAUCCAACUCAACCAAUCGAGCAUUAUCGACUAUUAACCGUCACCUACGGGACUUCCUGUGCUGCGUACCUUGCUAUGGAAUCAUUACGACAAGCAGCUAAAGACAGUCAGAAUGAAUCGCCCAUCGCGUCAGAGAGAAUAAGGAAAAACUUCUAUGUUGAUGACCUUUUGUCAGGGGCUAAUACACUCGAGGAGGCGAUUAGGUUACAAAAUGAAAUCAUUAAAAUCACAUCGGCUGCAGGUUUCAACCUCCGGAAAUGGUCAUCAAACAUUUCACAACCGAAAACAAUUCCAGAACAGUCCAUACCUCUUAAAUUGUCACCAGAAACAGAAUAUGUUAAAGCACUGGGUAUUCAUUGGUCUCCAUUGGACGAUUCAUUUAGUUACCGUUUAAAACUAAACAUCCAUAACCAAAAUACCAAGCAUCGGCAACUUCGUGAGAGUUUGAAAUCUGAGAGUUUUGACGCUAGUGUUAGCCAGUAUCUCAACAACUUAGGAAUCAAAUGGACAUUUAUCACACCCAAUGCACCUCACAUGGGAGGGCUGUGGGAAGCAGCUGUAAAAAGUAUGAAGAAACAUCUUCGAGUCGUCCUUGGAAAUGAGAUACUCACGUACGAAGCUUUAUCAACUAUUCUGGCUCAAAUCGAAGCAUGCCUCAAUUCACGUCCGCUUUGCGCCCUAUCAACAUCGGUUGAUGCUUGUGAAGCAUUAACUCCUGGGCAUUUCACCAUUGGUCAGGCCCUGAAUCUAAUACCUGAACCUUCCGUAUUGAAUAUAACUGAAAAUCGUCUUGAUCGUUAUCAAAGGCUUUGUCGAUAUGUCGAAGAAUUUUGGGAUCGAUGGAAAGGCGAGUUUCUAGCGACACUUCAACCAAGAAGUAAAUGGAGAGGUGUGCAAGCAAACUUGAAGAUUGGUGAUUUGGUUAUAGUUAAAAAUGACAACACUCCUCCAGCGUAUUGGGAGCUCGCCAGAGUUAUAGCAGUCCAUCCCGAUCGAAAUGGCAUCGUUCGCAAUGUCACUCUCAGCAAAGGCCAAACGGAGUACCAGCGACCCAUACACAAGCUAGUGGUUUUGCCAAGAAAUUGA